AACUUUCAUGGAUUGAUAAUUUUCAACAAAUUGCAAUUCUAUUAUUAUUUGCUUCUGACUUUUGGAUCAAGAUUAGAGAAAAUGACAAAGGAGGAAGUAGAGGAGGAGCCUCUCAGCCCGAUGGCUCGUCUAUUCCAAUUGCAGGAGCUAGACAAUUGCAUUGUCACCAUGAUCGGUUUCAAAGCCAAGCUUAGUCCUGACAUCAUUCUAGAUGACUUGAAGCAUAACGUUUACAAGCAUCCUCGUUUCUGUAGUAAACUGUCAGAUGAUGGUGCAAGAUGGAUUAAGACCAACGUCAAUGUAGAAGACCAUGUAUUUGUACCGGACAUUGACCCACAUGAGAUCAACGAAGAUGGAGAUAGCUUCGUUGAUGAUUAUGUCUCGCGUCUAACGCUGAAUCCUCUGGAUAAAGCAAGACCAUUGUGGGAAAUUCACAUCCUCAAUGUCAAAACAUCUGAUGCAGAAGCUGUAGGUGUAAUGAGAUGUCACCAUUCUUUGGCAGAUGGAAUGUCCUUGAUGUCUCUCUUGGUGGUGUGUACCCGAAAAUCGUCAGAUCCUGAGGCAUUUCCUACCAUUCCUGCUAUAAAACGGCGUGGGAAAACUAUGUCACACCCUUUUAGUGACAAAGGCUGGUUUUUGAGAUUGAUAUUCGUAAUUUAUUCUACGUUGAUAUUGAUUUGGAAUACCAUUGUAGAUAUUCUACUGCUUUUGGCGACUGCAUUGUUUUUGAAUGAUACAGAGACGCCUCUUAACGAGGGUGCUGGUGUUGGGAAUAAUCUAAGGAGAUUUUAUCACCGAACCGUCUUAUUGGAUGAUAUUAAAUUUGUAAAAAACGCUAUGAGCAUGACUAUCAAUGAUGUUCUACUUGGAGUUACACAAGCCGCUCUCUCCCGCUAUCUGAACCAGCGAUAUGGCGACAAAGAUGGUGAAGAUGGAACAACGACAUCAUAUCUAAACAAUCUCCCAGCCUGUGGAGGAUAUGUUGGCCAAGGGUUCGGAAUGUAGAUGGGGAAAUUAUAACUCCUUUGUUUUUGUUCCGUUCUCCAUCAAUUUAGAAACUGACCCAUUGGUUCCUCUAUUAAAAGCUAAAUCAAUAA